UAGUUUCUGAGGAGUGGAGUGAAGCUAACGUUUACCUAAGGUGUUGCUGCUCCACUUCCGGGAUGAUCCAUCUGACGAGCACGAGACAGGACGUCAUUGACGUGCAGUAACUCGGACAGGAGAGAAGUUACCUGAGUUAGAUCUGAAGUAGAGAUCUCUGAAGCUGCAGGAGAUCUGAUUUCAUUUAGAGGAUUAAUGUUCGGACAGAUAAAAACAAACGGACCCUGAACGCAUCACAGCGUCGGUUUCCUUUUUAAAUCUUCUAAAUCACAGAAUCAGAGUCUGAUCUUCUUCUGGAUCAGAUUUUCAGACCUGAUCAUGGAGUCUGCAGAUGGUCAGCGGGGGCGGGAUGGCGGCAGCCUAAGGCGCUCCCCCCUCGACGUCCUCAUGAGUCAGAUCCGGAGGAAACGCUCGGCCGCCGACAGAAAGCCUCUAGGACGCUUCCUGUCCUGGUCCUCAGACCGGACCGGGAUCUCUGAGGAUGCAGAGACGGAGGGAAGAGAAGAGAGAGGACAGAGCUCAGGUGUCUCUGAGGGGACGGACAGCGGGCGGGACGUCGGCUGGGGGCGAGUGUGUGUCUUCCUGCAGAGGUUGGGGAAGAAGGCGGACAGCAGGAAUCUCAGCCUGGCUCACUGCGACCUCACCGCUACAGACCUGCUGGAGCUAGGGACGUUGCUGCAGUUCCUCCCUCAGCUGGAGGAGCUGGACGUCUCCUGGAACGAGCUGAUGGGUGGAUGUCUGAGAGCGCUGACCUCUCACCUCCAGCAUGUGGGCGGAGUCAGAGCACUGCGGCUCUGCAGCUGCAGGCUGACAGCUGAUGACAUCACAGCUCUGGGUGAAGCUCUCGGCUCCACGCCUCUCCUGGAGAUCCUGGAUUUGUCCUGGAACAGCGGGGUCGGAGGCGGCGCUUUGCGAGGCCUGUUGGGAAACCUUCAACCGUCUGUGAGGGAGCUUCACCUGGUGGCCUGCCAGCUCACUGCAGCUGAUGCUGCCGCUCUGGGAGGACUGGUGUCUGCUCUCCCCUCCCUCGGCGUGUUGGACGUCUCCUGUAACCCUCAGCUCUCACAGGACGGUGAUGACGGCGGCGGCGGCUUCGUGGAGCUGGCUUCUUCAUUAUCUCACGCUAACUCCCUCACGACGCUGCGGCUGCAGGCCUGUGGUCUGACGGAGGACGGCCUGGAUGCUCUCAGUAGGAGUCUUUCAGUUUUCAGUCAGUGUGGUUCGCUCCACUGCCUCCCCUCUCUGCGAGAGUUGGACCUGUCCUGCAACAGAAGUAUUUCUGGAGCGCUGCACCGCCUCACCCUCCACCUGGCUCACCUCACACACCUGGAGAGCCUCGACCUGCACCUCUGCUGUCUCACACACACCGACCUGGAAGCUCUGACUCAGGUGCUCCCGUCUCUGACAGCUCUGACCGAGCUUGAUAUCUCGUCCAAUAAGGAGGCAGGGGGCGUGGUCCACUCGCUAGUCUCCGCCCUCCCGCUUACGAAGAUGAGGCGUCUGCCGCUCAACGGCUGCAGCCUGAAUGAGGAGUCCUUCACUGCCUUUGCUGUGGCCGUGCCGUACCUGCACAGUGUGGAUGUUUCCUGGAGUAAAGUCGUCGGCGGUCGUUUGGCGCUCCUCCUGGACGCUCUGCAGCCGUCAGUCAUCCUGGAGCUUCGCCUCAGCAGCUGUGAGCUCACCUCAGAGGACCUCUGUCACCUCGCUGCAGCGUGCAGACGCGGCUGUCUGUCCUCUCUGCGGGUGUUGGAUCUGUCCUAUAAUGGCUCAGCAGGUGAUGAAGGCUGGUCCGCCCUGUUCGCAGCAGGAGGCCUGGGCUCCCUGGAGGAAAUGGACCUCAGCCUGCGACCUCUGACCUCUGCUCCGUGCUCGGCCUGGCUGCCAACGCUGCUCUGUGCCGUGCCUCGCCUCCCUGCGCUGACCCGCCUGGCGCUGCAGCGGUGGACGAUGAGCUCUCAGGAGAGGCAGCAGCUGAGCCACAGCCUGAGGAAGAGGAGCGUCCUGCUGGAGUGGGACCCUGCAAGCGGUGAUGUGAUGUCAUCGUUUAAAGGGACCAAUCAGGAGAGUCCAGAGGGGAGUCAGCCUGAGGAGUAAAGGCUACAUCCUGAAUAUCUAGGGAUGGGACAAAAUAUUGAUACAGCAAUAUAAUCAUCACCCUGACUCGUGAGAUCCAAUCAUCAAUCACGUCACUACUUCUUGCCUCCUCACGGUGGCGCUAAUAUAAAUAAUCCUGCACUUUAUCUUCUGUGAUUGCCUUUAAAUUAAUCAAAUGUUGUUGGGUUGCUCUCUAGUGAUGUUGUUGUUGUUAUUGCGGGCCGAAACAAAACAGGCAGAAACCUCGAGCAGGACCAGACUCAUGAGAGACAGCCAUCUGCCUCGACAGAGUUGGU